GGCGGCCAUGGCUUUCACCGUGCUGGGCCCCGUGGCCGCCCACGUGCUGUACCCGGAGCUGAGCCUGCUGUCGGAGGAGGACGAGGAGAACCGCAGCGAGAGCGACGCCUCGGACCGCUCGUUCGGCUGCUGCGAGGGCCGGCGGAAGGGCGGCCGGCCGGGCGGGCACGGGCCGGUGGUGGUGGUGAAGCAGCGGCAGGCCGCCAACGCCCGCGAGCGGGACCGGACGCAGAGCGUGAACACGGCCUUCACCGCCCUCCGCACGCUCAUCCCCACCGAGCCGGUGGACCGCAAGCUCUCCAAGAUCGAGACGCUGCGCCUGGCCUCCAGCUACAUCUCCCACCUGGCCAACGUGCUGCUCCUGGGCGAGGGCUGCCAGGACGGGCAGCCCUGCUUCCGCGCCCUUUGCGGCGCCAAGGGCGAAGGGGGCCCGGGCGGCCCGCCGCCGCGCACCAUCUGCACCUUCUGCCUCAGCAACCAGCGCAAAGGGGGCAGCCGGAGGGAGCUCGGUGGGAGCAGUUGCUUGAAGGCAAGAGGGGGGAACCAUGUGAAGAUGCUGCGGAGGUGAGCUGAGGGCAGCUCUCUGUCUAAGAAGGCAGCCAGAGGAGGAUCCAUGCCUUGGACAACUGAAUUUUGUCUUCCUGGCUGGGGCAGUUGUGGGUAAUGGAACCAGAUGCUGACAGGUAGGGAGCCCCGCCUACCAAGGGGGGCUCGGCUGUCUGGACUCGGAGGAGGCAGAGCAGGCUGGAAGCCGCCCCUGCGUUGGACUGCAACGAGGAAUCAGGGUUGCAACGGAGGGACUACGCAGCCCUGCCACAGACUUCGGGUGAGCCUCCGAGAGACCUCCGCCUGUCCCGGGGAGCGUGGCCGGAGCAGGAGGACCGAGCCGGCCUGGGGGACGGGAGGCGUGCCAGUGCUGUUGGCUUGGAUCUCCAGCCUCUCUUCGAAAGGACGGUCUUGAAACCGAGCUCCAGAUGUUAGCUCUGCAACUUCCAACUUUCUCUGAAGCAGUUCCCCGAAUCCCCAGCU